AUAGAGUUUUGAGGAAUUUUGAGGAAUUCACAUCAUUUCACUGCGCAAAGUCUGAUGUUUUAGUAAUAGUAACACUGCAGACGGCAACAUGUCGGAUAGUGCAGACGCAGGCGGCUCGGAGCAGGAUGACUUCUCGUUUUUACGAACGGAUGACAUUUUCUGCCUGAGCUGUGUGACGUCCUCCAGGGACAGUGAUACAACAGAGAGGGUGUGUCUGGCUGCUGAGGGGUUCGGAAGUCGUGUGUGCUUCCUGGAAAAUAUCUCCAGUAAGGAUGUCCCGCCGGAUAUUUCGGUUUGUUCCUUUGUGUUGGAGCAGGCACUUUCGGUCAGAGCUUUGCAGGAAAUGGUGUCUGCCUCAUCUCCGGAAUCUACUGCUGCUCAGUCUGGACAUAGGACGCUACUGUAUGGACAUGCUAUCCUACUUCGACAUCUCCACAGCAAUAUGUACUUGUCCUGCCUUUCCACCAGUUCCUCAAAUGAUAAACUAGCAUUUGAUGUUGGCCUUAAAGAAAAAGCACAAGGUGAAUCCUGCUGGUGGACCAUUCAUCCAGCAUCCAAACAGAGGUCAGAAGGUGAAAAGGUCAGAGUCGGAGAUGAUCUGAUUCUGGUCAGCGUUUCCUCUGAAAGAUACCUUCAUAUAGGCAGUGGUUCCAUGGUGAUUGCGUCAUUCCAACAGACAUUGUGGACAGUGAACCCGAUGUCCUCUGGUGCUUAUAGACUGAAGUCUGUGGGUUAUGUAUUUGGGGGUGAUGUCAUUCGCCUCUUUCAUGGACACAUGGAUGAGUGUCUGGCUAUCCCUGAAGCAGGCAGUGAAAACGAAUUCAGUGCUGUGAUGUAUGAAACUGGAGCAGUGUGUAGUCAUGCCAGAUCUUUAUGGAGGAUAGAAAUCAUCAAAACUAAAUGGUCAGGGGCAUUCAUUCAGUGGGGACAGCAGUGUCGUUUACGUCACGUGACCUCAGGUCGUUAUUUGGCAGUGACACAUGACAAACAGGUUAUCACAGUUCACAGGAACAAAGCAGCAGAAAGAGCUGUCACCUUUUAUCUCCUCCAGACCAAGGAUGAGAAGAAGCAGUCUGAGACUUCAGAAGAUGAGGGGAUGGGAAAGUCAGACAUCAAGUAUGGUGACACCAUUGUGUUCAUCCAGCACUGUGAUACAGGACUCUGGCUAUCUUACCAAACAACAGAGGUCAAAAAGAAAGGAGUGGGCAAAGUGGAGGAAAAGAAGGCUGUGAUGUUAGUGGAAGGACAUAUGGAUGAUGGGUUUACAUUCUCUAGAGCCCAGGAAGAGGAAUCAAGGUCAGCUCGAGUCAUACGCAAGUGCCAGUCAAUCUUCCAUAGGUUUAACAAUGUUCUGGACACUUUGAAAACAGAAGGGCGAUCUGGAGCAGCAUGGUCUAGGAUAACUCUAUCAGAAGUCCUAAAAUGUUUGGAAGAUUUGAUAGAGUAUUUUGCACAACCUGACAAAAAUGAAGAACAUGAAGAGAAACAGAACAAGCUGAGAGCUUUACGUAACAGACAAGACUUAUUCCAAGAGGAGGGUAUGAUAGCAAUGAUUCUGGAGACCAUUGACAAGUUCAGUCAGUACAAGAGUCCUCGUCACUUUGCUCACUAUGCAGGAGAAGAGGCUACAGACAAAUAUGAAGACAUUGCCAGUUACCUCUACCUCUUGUUGGCUGCCAUGAUUCAGGGUAACCGUGCCAAUUGUGCCCAGUUUGCCCAGUCUUACCGCCUGGACUGGUUAGUGAGGAGGCUGGAAGGGCAGCAGUCCUCUAAAGGUGUGCUGGACGUCCUACACUGUGUACUGAUAGACAGUCCCGAGGCCCUGAACAUGAUCAAGGAAAAACACAUUAUCACAAUCAUAUCACUCAUAGACAGGCAUGGGCGGGAUCCCAAAGUUCUGGAUGUGUUGCGGUCAUUGUGUGUUGGUAAUGGUGUUGCUGUGAGAACAAAUCAAAAUCUGAUCUGUGAUAACCUUUUACCUGGCAAGGACUUACUGCUGCAGACUAGCCUCAUCAACCACGUAUCAAGUAUAAGGCCAAAUAUAUAUGUUGGUGUUAAAGAGGGAUCUUCCAUGUACAAGAAGUGGUAUUUUGAAGUAGUCGUCACUCAGUUUGAAGCAGCCAAUCAUCUUCCACCUGUACUUAGAUUGGGCUGGGCCAACACAGAGGGCUUCAUACCAUACCCAGGAGGUGGUGAACACAAAGGUGGAAAUGGCAUUGGAGAUGAUCUGUAUUCAUAUGCAUUUGAUGGAGUCAACUUGUGGACAGGUGGUAAGAGCAAGACUGUGAGGAGUUCUGGGGAUACCUUUAAACCUGGAGACAUUAUUGGCUGUGGCAUUGACCUUACUAUCCCACAGAUUAUCUUCUCUGUCAAUGGAAAACAAGUCCUGGGCUUCUUCAAAGACUUCAAUCUGACAGGACUAUUCUUCCCGGUUAUAACUAUGUCUGCCAAAGUUGGUGCCCGCUUCAUGCUGGGUGGAGAACAUGGUCGACUGAGUCAUGGCCCUCCCCAGAGUCACUCGGCGGUGGUAGAGUCUCUGAUGCCCAGGGACAGGCUGAGACUGGACCCCUGCUUUGUGUUUGGAGAAGUGUCAAAGAAUGUUCUGAGUGGACCAACAGAAAUUACAGACUAUGUUCCCUUUGUGCCAAAAGCUAUAGAUACCUCAAAUAUUCAGUUACCAGUGUACAUAGAAAAAGUAAGAGACCGUUUAGCUGAGAACCUGCAUGAGAUUUGGGCUGUCAGUAAAAUAGAGCAAGGCUGGAAGUAUGGAGAAAUCAGAGACGAUCAAAAGAAAACCAAUCCCUCUCUCACCAAUUUUGAAAAACUUCCCAAAUCAGAGAAGAAAUAUGUAGUGACAGUUGCCUAUGAAACACUGAGAACACUUCUGGCUAUUGGUUACCAUAUAUCAAUGGAUGCUCAGAAGAAGGAAAACAACAGGCUCAAGAUGGUUAAACUUGGCAAUGAUUUUCUGCAGAGCAAUGGCUAUAAGCCAACACCUUUGGACUUGUCCACUGUACAGAUGAGUGAGGUCCUGGAGGACUUGGUAGACAUGUUGGCAGAAAACACACAUAAUGUGUGGGCCAAGGACAGAAUCAAACAUGGCUGGACUUAUGGAUUAUAUGAGGAUACAGCAAACAAAAGAAGCCCAUUCUUGGUACCAUACAGCAGAGUUGAUGAAAAAAUCAAGAAAGCAAAUAGGGAAGAAGCCAACCAGACUGUGAAGACAUUGCUGGCCUAUGGUUAUAAUUUAGAACCACCCACAAGUGAAAUGGGGGAAAGUUCUCUCAAAGCUCAUGUCAGUGAGAAAAUGGAGAAACUGAACAAAACUAGGACCUACAGAGCUGAAACCACAUACGGAGUGACUUCUGGAAAAUGGUAUUAUGAAUUUGAAGUUAUUACUGCUGAGUUCAUGAAAGUAGGCUGGGCUAAGAUUUCUCUUGAUUCAAGUACAGAACUGGGCUUAGAUGGCAGUUCCUAUGCAUUUGAUGGCUUUGGGGGAAGGAAAUGGAAUCAUGGAGCUGAACCUUAUGGAAAACUCUGGAAGACUGGUGAUGUUAUAGGAUGUAUGCUGGAUCUCAAUGACAAAACCAUCACAUUUUCUCUGAAUGGUGAGCUGAUGAUGGACUCUAUGGGUCAGGAGAUAGCCUUCCGAGGGGUGGAGACAGGAGAAGCAUAUGUCCCUGCCGUUACCCUCAGCUGUCACCAGCAGUGCAAACUCAAUCUCGGCCAAGAUGUAAACACACUCAAAUUCUUCACCUGCUGUGGUCUGCAGGAGGGAUAUGAACCAUUUUGUGUCAAUAUGACCCGACAGAUGACACUUUGGUAUGGGAAGGAGUUAGCUUUGUUUGGUGACAUUGGAGAGGAUCAUCCACGACUGCAGGUGCAAAGAAUCCCAGGGGCGAAAAAUGUCACCCCUUGCUUAAAAGUGUUAUCAAAAACUUUUGGAACAUUGGAGAAGGUGCACUUGGAAUACCUUCGUCUUGGACUUCCUGUGAUCUGCAAAGAUGAAUUUGUCACAAGGUCUGCAACAUAUCCUACAGCCUAUGAGAGACGCAUGAACUUGGAAAACAUUCGUAGACAUGAAAUGGACAUCCAGGAAGAGAGUGGCUACUCUCUCAAUGACUUGGACACAACAAUGGAAAAUGGGUCGCUGGACAACAGUCGAAUCCUUACAGCAGAUACUAAACAAGCCAGCAGUCCCUCCAGCAGUGGGCCCAGUGAUGCGACCCAGCCAGAGGCUGCCCCUGUAACCCCCGUCAAUGGGGAAACCUCCAUACAUGAAGAUGAUGAGGAAUAUGCAGAAGACAUGAUGAAUGGUGACACAGACUACAGAAAAUCUGGUUAUUCAGAAGAUGCUGACUUCAAUCAGUCAACAGCUAGUGAUCGUCGUAAAAAAUAUCUGGACAAAAGUGGUCGCCACUCAUUAGAUGAUACAGCACAGGACAAGAUGUCAACGUCUAGAAUUAAACCCGCCUCCAGUGAGUCUCGUCUCAGUGGCACAGACAAGCCAGGGUUGAAUGUUCCUGAGGGGAAGAGAUCAUCCUCCAAAUUAUCCCUCUUGGGAGACAAACUCAUGGAUACUGCAAAGUCCAUUGGAGAUAAGAAGUCUAAAACUGGAAGGUCCCCUUUUCCCAGUAUUUUCAAGAAGUCCAAAGGACAAGACACUCAACAGGAUGGCAAGAGGACUAGGAGUGUAGAGUAUGGGAGCAUAGACAGAAGAGUGCACCCAGGACACAGUCACAAGGAACACCAUAAACCGCCCAACAAGGCAGCCACACUGCCCAUGUCAAGGACAGGCAACUCCAUGGAGAGUGACACAGGAGGCUCCACACCGGCUCCAGUCAUCAACAUUGAGGCUCCAAGGGGGAUGAUUCCCUAUGAAUUCCAGGAUGCCAUUGGCAGACGGCGCCACAGUGAAGGAUCAGAUGCAGAGAUCUCCGAUGCUGAGCUGAGUGAGUUACAGGCUAUGGCUGAUAUGAUAGAUGAGUAUCACUAUGCGGUGCGUGUUUUACCAGGACAGGACCCUGCUCAGGUGUUUGUGGGCUGGGUGACUCCAGGUUUCCACUUCAGUGAAGCUGCUUUUGAUAUGAAGAAAACAAGACAUGUAGUCUUAACAACACUAGAAUCUGAUCAUACUCUGAAGCAAAGUGUUAGUAGGAAGAAUUGUUACAUGGUAUCAGCAGGAGACCUUCAGCAGAGGUAUGCAGGCCUGAGUCAGGAGAGCUCUGGGAAGCGAACCUCCCCAGGGUUUGUGGUGGGCUGUUUUAUUGACACCAGCACUGGUCUCCUGUCCUUCACUGUUAACGGUAAAGAAGUAGCCAACAAGUACCAGGUAGAGCCAGGAACUCGUCUGUUUCCAGCGGUCAUCUGUGAACCAACCAUCAAAGAGAUGCUGCAGUUUGAACUGGGCCAUACAAAGUACACACUACCUCUAUCUGCUGCUGUGUUCAGGGGCCCUAAACAGGUGAUCCCAGCCUGUCCCCCCAGGCUGGAUGUACAAGUCCUGAACCCCAGCUGCUGGGGCAGAGUUCCCUCAAAUAGUCUCAAGAUACACACCCUCAAAAUGUCAGAAAUCAAAGGAUGGAGCAUGCUUUGUGAUGAUGCAGUUGAAAUUCUCAGUGUGUACAUACCAGAAGAAGAUAGAAGCAUUGAUAUUUUAGAACUGGUUGAAAACCAGUCAUUACUGGAGUUUCAUGCCAAAACAUUGGAAUUGUAUAUGGCAGUCUGUUAUCAUGGUAAUCACAGAGUUUCUCAUGCUCUGACACAUCACAUUGACAUGCGGCAAAUGAUGUUUUGCAUACAGAGCCAGUCUCUUUGUGGGCCACUGAGGAUGGGAUAUCAUGACUUGCUGAUUGCCAUGCAUCUGGAGUCACAUGCGACUGCAAGACAAAUGACCCAGAAUGAGUACAUCAUUCCGUUGACUCCCACCACCAAGGAACUGAGUCUGUAUCGCCGUCCUAGUAAUCAGGACAGCCAGUUCAAAAUCAAACACUCCAUACCAAACAUGGACGCCAGUGUGUCCAUCCGUCCUACUCUGUACAUCACAGAGAAACAGAUAGAAACCAGAGUCAAAGAAGCAGGACAAGAUUCCACAUCUCCCUUCUUCCCCAUUGAGAAGCUGAAGGAACAUGUUCUGUGUGCCUUACGGGAUGCCACCAUAAAGGGAGCCGCCCACAUCAGAGAUCCUGUGGGGGGAAGCAAUGCUGAUCUUUUUGUACCAUUGCUUAAAAUGGUGGAUAAUCUGCUGGUGAUGGGUGAGCUGACAGAUGAUGAUUUAAUCUAUGUGUUACGGUUGAUUGACCCUGAAGCUUUUGAUGACCACUACAUUCCAGGGAACAAGAAGGAAGGAAUUCUAAACAUGAAGCUGGAUGAGGCAGUCAAAUUGGAGAUGUGCCACUUCUUACAACACUUGUGUGACCUUCAACUUCGACACCGCGUGGAGUCUGUGGUGGCGUUCUCUGAUAAUUACGUGGAGUCUUGUCAGAAUGACCAGAAGAGGAGGUACAUUGAGAUCAAGCAGUCAGACCUACCCUCUGCUGUUACAGCUAAAAUGACAAGGGAAUUCCGCUGUCCGCCAGCUGAACAGAUGAGAAAUUUGCUGGCAUUCAAAAAUCCAGAAGAAUUGGAAGAACCAGUUCAGUAUUCCCCAUUCCAAGAAGAGAUGCAUGCAAGACUCUGGCAAUUCCAUGAGAGUUUGAUACACCAUUGUUCCAUGCCCACAGCCCCAGAGGUGGAGGGGGAGGAGGGAGAAAGAGAAAAGACUGAGGAGAAACCACCACCCUCCACGGGCGAGAAACUUUUACAGCUGGUGUGGAAGGCCAAGGAAGAGGCCCCAGCCAUUGUGGAGGGCCGAGGAGACUCUGCUCCAGCAACUCUUCAAAAUUUGAUACAACACACUGUGAUUAAGUGGGCUGAAGAACAUACAAUCCAAAACCAGGACCUAGUGAGAGAGAUGUUCUGUUUGCUUCACAGGCAGUAUAAUGGCAUAGGAGAGCAACUGAUGGCAUUAGAAAAGGCUUAUGUGAUAAGUAUUGGAAGUAAAGAUGACAUUAAACAGCUGUUGAGAGCUUUAGGAAACAUACGAUCUCUGCUAUUGGUACAGGCUGGACCCAGUGAAGAAGAUCUCAUGAAAAACAGCCUCAAAGAACUGAUGGACAACAAGGUGUUUUUCCAGCACCCUGACUUGAUGCGAGCCCUCUGUGUUCAUGAGACAGUGAUGCAACUAAUGGUCAACACACUGAACAAAGCACAGCAACAACAACAGUCUGCCAACAGUGCCAUGGCAGAACUUAUCUCCUCCCAGCAGGGAAGGCGUGGCUCCUUCAUUCCCUCAGGGACGUUCGACAGCCUGGUGGAGCAUACCAAGGAUGCUGCAGCAGAAAUGGUGGUCAUGUGUUGCCGGUUCCUGUGCUAUUUCUGUAGAACUAGUCGACAAAACCAGAGAGCCAUGUUUGAACACCUUAGUUAUCUGCUGGAAAACAGCAGUAUGUUACUUGCACGUCCCUCAUUGCGUGGAUCCUGUCCCCUUGAUGUGGGCUACUCCUCCCUAAUGGACAACAAUGAACUGGCCCUGGCCCUCAGAGAGAGUCACCUGGAGAAGAUUGCCAUGUACCUGUCCAGGUGUGGCCUGCAAUCCAAUGCUGAGCUUACAGAGAAGGGCUACCCAGACAUUGGCUGGGAUCCUGUGGAGGGGGAGAGGUUCCUUGACUUCCUCAGGUUCUGUGUCUGGGUUAAUGGAGAGAGUGUAGAAGAGAAUGCCAAUCUGGUUGUUCGCCUUUUGAUCCGACGUCCAGAGUGUCUGGGUCCUGCUCUCAGAGGGGAGGGUGGGGGACUGCUAAAGGCCAUCAAAGAUGGCAUUAGAAUGUCUGAACAGAUUGCAGCUUCUAAGGAUGGUUUAGCUGGAAGUUAUUUGUCUGCUCUCAAUGAUGAAGAUGAUUCUGGAGGAAGAUAUCUCUUCCAAAGCAAGUAUGACUUUUCCUCCCUCCCUCCUGAGGAUGACGAGGAUUAUGUGGACAUGGGAGGGGCUAUUCUGACCUUCUACUCCAGUCUGGUGGACUUACUUGGACGUUGUGCCCCAGAGGCUGAGGCCAUCAAAUCAGGACGGAGUGACUCUAUUAGAGCUAGAUCCAUCCUACGUAGCUUGGUAUCCAUGGAGGACUUAGAGGGAGUGCUGGGUCUGAGGUUCAUAUUGCCUGUCAACCAACCUCAACCUUCAGGAGAUGAUGCUGAUAGCACAGCCCCUCCCACAGUUAGUUUUCCCCCAGGACUGAUUCCAACACACAAGGCCUCUAUAAUGAUGUUCUUAGAGAGGGUAUAUGGGAUAGAAGAUCAGGCUACGUUCUUCAGAAUUCUGGAGGAUGCCAUACUGCCAGAUCUUAGGGCAGCAACUACCUUAGACAAUCAGAUGAAUGCAUCAGAAAAUGACAUGGCCUUAGCCUUGAAUCGUUACAUCGGGAGCAAUGUGCUGCCAUUCCUGACAAACUACAGCCACUACUUUAGUGACGCUGACCAUGCCUCUGCCUUGUUAGACUCCACUCUCAAUACUGUCUAUAGACUGUCAAAGUGUCACUCGCUUACCAAGGGACAGAUGGAUGCUGUAUCCAACUUCCUUAUAUCAUUCACAAACCAGCUAAGGCCACCAAUGAUGACAAAGCUGCUGAGAAAACUGACCCAUGAUGUGCCUGUUCUAAAUGAGAACACAGUUAUACCACUGAGGGUUCUAACCUCCUAUUAUGAAAGAUGUGGACGUUAUUACAGUGUGGUUGGGUGGGGUUCCUAUGGAAGUGCGACAGAGGAGGAAAAACGACUGACAAUGAUGUUGUUCACAGGGAUAUUUGAUGCCUUGGCACAGAGAUCAUAUGACCCUGAAUUGUUCUCAAAAGCCCUGCCCUGCUUGUCAGCCAUUGGUUGUGCCUUGUCACCUGACUACUCAUUGUCCAAUCAGGAUGACCGUUGGUUGAGCGACUCUAGUGAGGACUCUGAUGGUUCAUAUAAUCCACAACCAGUUGACACAUCCAGAGUACAUUUGAAUCAGAACUAUGAUGUGACCAUCAACAGAUUUGCAGAACAUUUCCAUGACUGUUGGGCCAUCAAAAAGAUUGAUCAGGGAUGGGUGUUUGGCACAAACUAUGAUGAAGAAAGAAAAACUCACCCAAUGCUUAAACCAUACCACCUAUUAGAUGAAGAUAGCAAAGCCAAAUACAUGGAUCCUAUCAAGGAGAAUCUGAAGGUGAUGUUAUCCUGGGGCUGGGUACUAGAACAAGACCAGGCUAGAUUACAGGCCAACAGAGAAAGCAUGAGACGCCGCAUGUCAAAAGAUGGGGCUCAUCAUGGAUAUAGUCCCAAACCAUUUGAUCUCAGAAAUAUGACUUUGACCAGAGAGAUUCAGGCACUUGCAGAAAGACUCGCAGAAAACUCUCAUGAUCUCUGGGCAAAGAAAAAGAAACAGGAGCUAGAGGAGAUUGGUGGUGGGGUCCACCCUCAGUUGGUGCCUUAUGAUACCCUGACAGACAAAGAGAAGAGAAAAGUCCGAGAUCACGCCCAGGAGCUUCUCAAGUUCCUCCAGUUCCAGGGAUACAGAGUCAGCAGUAGCAGUGAGUCGGACUUAAGCGAACAGAGACGUAAAUCUGGUUCUAGACCUGCCAAGGACAAGAACGCAGAUGGAGUGGGCGUGUCAGCCACAGAGAAGAGGUUCGCCUACAGUCUGCUGGAGAAGUUACUGGGUUACUUUGACAAUGCCUCCACCAAUCUUAUGGAGACCAGGCCAAGCAGUCGAUUCAGUCGCAGGGGAAGCUACUCCACUGCCUCAGAGGAUGUCAAAUUUUUUGCCAAGGUUGUCCUUCCAUUUGUCAAGAAGUAUUAUCAUGCACACAAAGACUAUUUUGUUGGAAAAGCAGGAUCUUCUACGAGUUCCUCUAUGGCCUCUGUGAAAGAGAAAGAAAUGACAGCAAGCUUAUUCUGCAAGCUGGCAGCCACUCUGAGAACAAAGAUAACAGCGUUUGGUCAUGAUGUCAACAUCUCGGUACGAUGCCUGCAGGUGCUGGUCAAAGCUGUGGAUGCUAGGUCAGUAGUGAAAAACAGCCCGGAAAUGGUAAGAGCCUCUCUGCUGCCAUUCUUCAAUAAUGCAGCAGAUGACUUGGCCCAGGUUGUGGACAAUUUAAACAAAGGUCGUUUUAGUCAUGUGAAGGGCACCAUUACUCGGGGGGCCACCAGCCUUGACUACGUCCACAUGGUGCUUCUGCCAGUACUGACCUCUAUGUUUGAUCAUCUGGGUACCAACAACUUUGGACCUGAUCUCAUUGUUGGUGAUGCUCAGCUGGCAUGUUAUCGUAUCCUGAAUUCUCUCUACUGCCUGGGAACCAGCAACAACACCAUCAUAAACAGGGACACUAUUUUAUCGGAGUUGUCAAGACACCGACCAGCCUUAGGAGAGUGUCUGAGCUCCUUUGCCGGCUGUUUUCCUGUUGCCUUUUUGGAGCCUGAACGCAACAAGUAUAAUCGCAACUCAAUCAUGUUUGGGAUUGAUGAGGAAAAACUUGCUGAGCAUUCCUUAGAAGCUCAAGAGGUAAUGGAACUCCUGGCACAGACACUGCCUGGACUUCAGAAAAUUAUAGAAGAAAUAGCAGAGCUGGCAGAAUCUGGAGGGAAAUACCAGGAAGCUCCUCAUGUGAUUGAGGUCACCCUGCCAAUGUUAUGCAGUUACCUACCAUUCUGGCUGUCUCACAGUGAAGCUGAUGGAGUGAACAAGGUCACGGCAGUCACAGAGGAGUUGAUGAAUCAGGUUCUUGGCAAUGUUUUAAAACUCAUCCGCAAUAACAUUGGAGCUAAAGAUGCUCCUUGGAUGAACAGAAUUGCAACUCGAACACAGCCAAUUAUUGCCAACUCCACCCCAGACAUGAUCAAAGACCACUUCCUCCCAAUCGCCAUUAUUCUACAGAAGAAUGGUCAAAUUGUGGAGAGAAAGGAGAAACAGCUUCUGGCCAGUAAACAUGGCUCCAGUGAAACUGCUGAUCUUGAAGCAGAGGUUCAGCAGUCUUAUGGUAUACUCGUGAGAGACAUCUAUGCAUUUUUCCCACUGCUGAUUAAGUAUGUAGAUCUUCAUCGAUCCCAUUGGCUCAAACAUCCCUCCAUGGAUGCUGAGGAACUGUUUAGCUGUGUGGCUGAACUCUUUGGACUAUGGUCCAAGUCUAUAAUGUUUAAGAGAGAAGAGCAGAACUUUGUGUUGGGUAAUGAAAUUGACAACAUGGCUUUGAUAAUGCCCAGUCAGUCCAAGUCUAGCUCCUCCCCCCCUACUGCGGCCAUCCCUGGCCCUGAUGCAGCCAGUACCAAGAGGACAGGGCGUAAGAGGGAGAAGAAACGAUUAGAGCCACACAACAGCCUCAAUGUGGCGUGUCUGAAGAGGCUACUGCCGAUAGGGCUGAGCUUCUUCAGUGGAAGGGAACAGGAGUUACUUCAACAAGUCAAACAGAAACUUAUAGAGCGAAGCUCAGAUGAGUCGGAUUAUGAUUUCGAUUUAACGGAAUCAGAGGCGGAUAUUGAGGACUUUAUGCAGCAGAAGCUGGAAGCAGAGGAAGGGCCAACAGAUGAAAAAGUUCGAUGGCAGAAGGUUCUGUACACAAAAAUAGGGGGUGUGGAGAGAACCAAUGUUGACCAGCAUCACGUGCUAGAGAGAAUUCUGUCAAUGGCCAAAGUCAUGCAUGGACUUCAUAUGGUCUGCGAGGUGGAACAUCCAUCAGGCAGCCACAAGAAUGUAUGGAAGAAGGUCAUCUCCACCCAGAGAAAGCGAGCCGUCAUGGCCUGUUUCAGGAUGGUGCCUCUCCACAGUCUUCCAAGACAUAGAGCUAUAAAUCUGUUCCUGUGCUCCUACAAAGACCAGUGGCUGGCAACUGAAGAAUAUGAAAAGAAAGUACUUAUUGAGGACCUAACUAGAUCUGAUGAAGAGGAAGAAGACAUUGAGAAGAAAGAGGAGGUAGAGGUCAAACCAGAUCCACUGGAUCAACUAAUUACCUGUCUAAGCCGAGCCGCCACCAAAGAGCAACAUGGAAGUCUGCCAGAAGACAGCUUAUACAUGUCGUAUGCUGAGAUUAUGGCACAGAGUUGUCAUGGUGAGGAUGAGGAUGAUGAUGACGAGGGAGGAGAAGAGGAGGGACCGGGAUCCUCCUUCCAGGAACAAGAGAUGGAGAAGCAACAGUUACUUUUCGAGCAGUCUAGACUGGCUGACCGUGGUGCAGCAGAGAUGGUCCUCCUGUACAUCAGUGCCAGCAGAGGAGAAAAUAGUCCUAUGGUAGCUGACACGAUAGAGCUGGGAAUAUCUCUUCUAAGAGGAGGAAAUGUAGAAGUUCAAAAGAACAUGCUAAAGCACCUGAAAGAGAAAAAAGAUGUUGGAUUUUUUUCAUCUGUGUCUGGACUAAUGCAGCAAUGCAGUGUUCUGGAUUUGGAUGCUUUUGAGAGAAUAAACAAAGCAGAGGGGUUAGGAAUGAGCUCAGAUGCCUGCUCAGGAGAGAAAAAUCUAGAGGAUGCAGCAACGACAUGUAAACUUUUCCGAUUUCUCCAGCUGCUUUGUGAAGGUCAUAAUCUGGAAUUCCAGAACUACCUGCGUACCCAGGCUGGUAACAACACGACUGUGAACAUUGUGAUCUGCACUGUGGACUAUUUGUUGAGAUUGCAGGAAUCUAUCAUGGACUUCUAUUGGCACUACUCCGGUAAAGACAUCAUUGACCCUUCAGGAAAAGGAAACUUCUGUCGCGCCAUUAAUGUAGCCAAACAGGUGUUCCGUACCCUCACAGAAUACAUACAGGGUCCUUGUUCCCUGAACCAGCUUGCCCUAGCACACAGUCGACUCUGGGAUGCAGUAGGAGGGUUCCUUUAUAUAUUUGCCCACAUGCAAGAUAAGCUUUCCAAGGAUUCAACACAGCUGGAACUGCUUAGAGAAUUCAUGAAACUCCAGAAAGAAAUGAUGAUUAUGCUGUUAUCUAUGUUAGAGGGAAAUGUGAUGAAUGGUCCAAUAGGAAAACAGAUGGUGGACACUCUUGUAGAGUCUCAGGCCAAUGUGGAGAUGAUUUUGAAGUUCUUUGACAUUUUCCUGAAAAUGAAGGACCUUACAUCAUCAGAAGCCUUCUUGGAAUUUGAUGCCAAUAAGGAUGGCUACAUUUCAGCCAAAGAAUUUAAACGUGCUAUGGAGGCACAGAAAAUGUAUUCUCGAGAGGAGAUCGAGUACAUCAUGAUGUGUGUGGACGCUAACCAGGAUGGGAAGGUGGAUUUUAACGAGUUCACUGAUCGAUUCCACAAUCCCGCCAAAGACAUAGGCUUUACAAUGGCUGUCCUCCUCACCAAUCUGUCAGAGCACAUGCCUAAUGACCCCAGAUUGGAGCGGUUCCUAGAGAAGGCCCGCUCUGUGCUAGACUAUUUUGGUCCCUAUCUGGGCAGGAUAGAGAUCAUGGGCAGUGCUAACAAGAUCGAGAGAGUAUACUUUGAAAUCAAACAAUCUCACAUUGACCAAUGGGAGAAACCACAGAUCAAGGAGUCCAAGAGAUCAUUCCUGCACAGUGUGGUCAAUGAGGGAGGUGACAAAGAGAAACUAGAGAGCUUUGUCAAUUUCUGUGAAGACACUAUAUUUGAGAUGCAGCAUGCCACCAGUAUUAGUGCUGAGGAACAGAGGAUGGCAGCACUGAGGAGUGGCAUGGGACUGCAAGAGGAGAGUGGAGGAGGAGUGCUGGAGCCACUGAAGAUGACGUACCGCUUCCUGUAUAAUGCUGUGGCCACAUUCCUGUCAUUUUUCACGUGGACAAACCUGAAAACGACUUACCAGGCAUUCAAGAGGAUGACCUGGCCCCAGGUGAUCUGGACACUGGUCAAACUCUGUGUCAAACUGGCCUUCACACUCCUAACUUUCGUGUUUCAUGUGUUCUGGACAUUGUUGAAAUUUGUGGUGAACAUGAUGAAGGGUGAGCAAGAUAAAGAAACCAUAGAACAGCCAGAAAUCCUAGCUCUUCCAGCACCCUCCCUUCCCGAAGAACAGAAGACGGAGCCUAUAUUGAAUGGGGUUCCAGGUGUUCCCACAGAAGAAGGGCUCACCACCCCCACUGCUGUCCAACAAGAGACUGGGGCAGAGAGUCCAGAACCCAGUACAUCUACAGAACCACCCACAGAGGUCACUACACAGGAUACCACCUCCCCACCAGCACCACCCAUCCCUCCUCCCAGGACCUCUGCAGAUAGUAAAUCCAAAUCAUCCGAGGAAGAUGUUCCAUAUGAGACUAAGGGAUUUGAUUAUGGAAAAUAUGUUCUUUAUUUAAGGGUAUUAGGACAGAAGUUAUUUUCUAUAGGGAGUCUGUUUGCCCGUAAUUUCUACAACUUUAAGUAUGUUGCCCUGUUCCUUGCCUUUAUUAUCAACUUCCUGCUGCUCUUCUACAAGGUUAACAAGGUGCCCCAUGAACAAGAAGUGUCAGAUGGGAACCAGACAGAAGAAGAGGAGUUUGACGAGGUGGUUACAAUGCAGGGAGAAACCUACAUGCAGAUUGUUGCCCGACUUCUGGCCGUGGUCCAUUCUCUGGUUUCAUUUUCAAUGCUGAUUGCCUACUACUGCCUCAAAGUGCCUCUAGUCAUAUUCAAGAGAGAGAAGGAGAUUGCCAGAAAGUUGGAGUUUGAAGGAUUAUGGGUAGCUGAACAACCAGGAGAAGAUGACCUCAAAGGUCACUGGGAUAAACUGGUUCUCAACACACAAUCCUUCCCAGAUAGUUACUGGGACAAGUUUGUUAAAAAGAAAGUACGUGCCAGGUAUGCUGAGCAGUAUGACUAUGAAGCUAUUAGUAACUUACUGGGAAUGGACAAAGAAGAUUCAAUCAAAAUUGAAGAAACAAAAUCUUCAGGAUUCUUCCCAAGUUUCUUGUUCAAUGUUGACUGGCAGUAUCAGAUUUGGAAAUGGGGUGUCAUUUUCACUGACAAUUCUUUCCUCUAUAUCGCAUGGUACUUCAUCUUUUCUGCCAUGGGAAAUUUCAAUUACUUUUUCUUUGCUGCUCAUUUGUUGGAUGUUGCCAUUGGUUUCAAGACACUAAGAACAAUUUUACAGUCUGUAACACACAAUGGAAAACAGCUGGUGCUGACAGUGAUGUUGACCAGUGUGGUUGUCUAUAUCUACACUGUUAUAGCCUUCAACUUUUUCCGCAAGUUCUAUGUCAAAGAAGAGGAUGGCUCUGUUGACUAUAAGUGUCAUGACAUGCUCACUUGUUUUGUGUAUCACUUACACACUGGAGUUCGAGCAGGAGGAGGAAUUGGUGACGAGAUAGAGCCUGCAGAUGGCGAUCCAUUUGAAGUGUACAGAAUUCUCUUUGACAUCACCUUCUUCUUCUUUGUCAUUGUCAUUCUUCUAGCCAUCAUUCAGGGUUUAAUUAUUGAUGCCUUUGGAGAACUGAGAGAUCAACUUGAACAAGUGAAAGAAGAUAUGGAGUCAAAAUGUUUCAUCUGUGGAAUAGGAAAAGAAUAUUUUGAUAAAGUCCCUCAUGGUUUUGAAACCCAUGUCAUGAAAGAACAUAAUUUUGCCAAUUACAUGUUUUUCUUGAUGCACCUGAUUAACAAGCCUGACACUGAGUACACAGGCCAGGAAUCGUACGUGUGGGAGCUGUAUCAGCAGCGAUCGUGGGACUUCUUCCCAGUCGGGGACUGUUUCAGAAAACAAUACGAAGACGAGGGGGACAAGAGCUGAACAGCUCUCUCCUCUCGCUGACUCACAAUUGACAAGACUUCAGAUGCAAAUCCCUGAUCUUGCUUCUUUGAUAUCAAUCUUGGGAUGUACACACAUGGAGAUACAAUAUUUUGUGAUCUUUUUUUUUUUGUAUUCUGCACCUUUUUUUCUUUGUUUUCUGAAGUUUGCUAUGAACUAGAAACAAAGCAUCUGAAUGUUUUUUAAUUACUAAGUUCUGUUUAGGGGUACCCUAAAGCAGAAGUUAAAUAAUGAAUAGAGUGAAAGAGAUUCUGUAUUAACAUUAUACUGAUCAGCAAUUGAAUGCUGUGUAUGUGUGUGUUGAAAAGACUGACAAACAAGAGAAAAAAGAGUGAAUGUUGUCUUGGCUUUUUGUCACAGGAGGUACUUGAAGUUUGAUGAAGAAUUGAAAAUACCCUUUGAUAUUUUUGUCUCAUUGAUUUUAAAAUUUUAAAGCUUCUGACAAUCUUCGUGUUGAAUUGUAUUAACCCGUUUGUGAGUUUAUUGUGAUGGAGUGCAAUAUUUUCCUCUGAAUUCUUUUGAAUUUCUGUAGUUUUUUGUCAUUCAUCUAUUUACAUGAGUAUAUCUACCAUGAUUUGUUUUCAUGUGCAAUAUUUUAUGCCCUAAAAAAGGUUUGUUAUUUAUUAGAAAUUAUGGUUUUUAACACCCACUUUUUAUUUAUCUAUUUAAUAAUAAAGAACAGAUAAGGAGUC